AUGUGCAUUUUACUGGCAACCUCAGCUCAUCCUCAGUAUUCCUUGAUACUGAUAUCCAAUAGGGACGAAUUCUACGAAAGGAAGACUCAGCACACUUGUUUUAACAAAGAUGGGUUCGUACUGUGCCCUAUCGAUCUAGCUUUGGACAGCGAGGGCAAAAGUAAAGGUGGUACGUGGUGUGGAGUGAAUAAGGACGGUAAAGUCGCAGUUGUCUUGAAUCUUCGACACAAUCGGCCCCGUCAGGCAGGAUUUAAAGCUAAUCCGGCCUUUUCCAGAGGAAGCGUGCCAAUGCGGUUUCUACAAGACCGCAGUCCUUUCAACGAGUGGGACACCUUCGACAAAUUCGCACACAAGUUCUCAGAUGUGCGAAAUGGUGACUUGAACUUGUUCGUGGGCGAUUGUAAAGAAGGAAAAUAUACGGCCAUGGACUCGUUCGGUCUGAGUCUGCCAGUUCUGACUAGCGAAAACCGGGUUUUUGUGAUGUCUAAUGAUUUUGUGGGCUCUCCUGACAAAUGGCUCAAAAUUCAUACGGCGGAAACGCUGCUGCAUCAGCUUGUUGAAAACUCUACGACUGCUACAGAGGACCAAAUUGUUGAACAGUGUCUCAAAUUGGCUUCCAACUGCGAGUGUGAUGAAAGUUCUGGCAUUCCUAAGAAGCAACUGACGACUAAAACCAUCUUCGUUCCGCCUCUUUCGGCUGGAUCCAACGAAAAUGUGGGAGCCACUUUGCCAUGCGGCAAGUAUUAUGGAACACGCUCCCAAAUUGUAAUAUUGGUAUCGAGGAGUGAGCCCAAAGUGACGUUUGUUGAACAGGUUCUGCAUGAUUCGGAUAGCGAUGCCACGGCAUUUUCGCCGUCCAAUCCCAAACAGCGGGUGAAGUUUACUUUUGACUUGGAAACCAAGCGGUAA